UCAUUCGCAGCUCGAUUCUCAGAGCGUGAGGUUCGUCAACAAGUUGUGCUCUACUUAGACGCUCGUUUGAGAUUAGCUUGUUGUGAUUAUCAGUGCAAUUAUACGUACUUUUUUUCAAUGGAGACGCAACUAUUAUUGCUGUUAUUGUUUUGCACGUUAUCGCUAAAUGCAGCUCAACAAUUGCCGUCUAUACCGUGUCCGCAAUAUUUUAACUAUCUCUCAUUCAAUGGACAGUUUAUUGGACGCCUUAAGCUAUAUCACGAUCCACUGUACGAAGUUAAUAAUGUAGUUGUUGACUUCUCACAGCGCGGAGCUUACCAAUUUAGUUAUGUGGGCAGCUUAUCACUUUGGGAUGAUCAGGAAACCACGAAGGCAAACAUACGCAGAGGUGAACCCAUCAACUAUCGUGUCGACUUUCCCAUACCCGACGAUCCACCCAAACUGACACAGAUUAAGCUCAACAAUCUGGUGCUCUGCAGUGGUUCCCAGUAUGGACGUCCCCGCACUGCGAUCUCUUUGACCCACUCGCUGCGUUCUUCACUGACUCCACUUUCAUUUAGGCCACAAACAAGACCGCAGUGGCAAUUGCAGCCUGCUCAGCAGGACUUCUUCAACAGCACAGAUUUCUUUUUAGGCACAGAGCCACAAACAACAACUCAACGUAGUUUUCUACAAUUCGCAACACAACCAACGAUACAAGUGCAACCUCAACCUCAAUUUCAACCUCAACCUUUGCCCGAGAUUAGCAAUAGUGUGGAGCCGAAGAUCUCAUUGCCUGUGAGUGAAAUUUGUGGCAAGGAAAGAGCUGUCUUAACGCCGCUCAUUUUUCGUGGCCAAACGCUGGAACGUGGUCAACUACCUUGGCUGGUGGGUCUCUUCGAACGCAAUGAGGAACAUGCUCUGCAGUUCUUCUGCGGCGGCACUUUGCUCUCCUCCUCAACUGUGAUCUCGGCGGCACAUUGCUUCCGCAGUCCUGGACGCGAUUUGCAGGCCAGAAACACUGUCGUCUCACUGGGACGGAAUACCAUCGAUGUGAUCUCCGACGGUGAACUCAAAGAUGUGUCGCAAUUGCUCAUUCACGAUCAGUAUCAAAUUGCGGACUUUACUAAAGCCGAUCUCGUGCUCAUACGCAUGUCAACGGCUGUGACUUUCAGUGAUUACAUUGUGCCCAUUUGCUUGUGGAGCGAGAGCUUUCCGCUGCAGCUGGCGUCAGGCUACAAAGCCUAUGUUGCCGGCUGGGGAGCGGAUGAGAAUGGGAAUGUAAACACUCAGUUGUCCAAGCUAACCGAUGUGGACAUUGUCACUGAACCGAACUGUCUGCGUGAGCUGCCAGGUCGCCUAGUGCAAUCGAAUACGUUGUGUGCCAAGAAAUCAGGUACAGGACCUUGUGCCAGCGAUGGAGGCGGCGGUUUAAUGCUGCGUGAGAACGACGUCUGGCUGUUGAGAGCUGUCAUUUCUUCAGGAGUGCGUAAGGAGAACACUUGCGAUUUGAGCAGACCGACUGUCUACACCGAUGUGGCCAAGCACAUUGCCUGGGUGCGUCAGAAUAUGUGGCAAUAAUCCAGCCCAGUUCCCCCUCACACAGCAAUGCCAAAAGAGAAUGAAAUUCUUUCUGUAGUUUGUAGUUAAAUCAAAUAAGCAACUGUUUAAUAGAGUGACGCUAGAUCCACGCGGCGUAUACGUCAUUAGCGUAUACUUAAUAUGCAAAUAGUCAAGUCUGAAAACAAGCUCAUUGACAAUAAUAAAAAACAUAUGCAAUAAUA